ACCGAGGUUUACUACCUUCUUCGACAUCCCCCUCUUUCCCGCUUAUCUUCGAUCUCCAAAUUUGGAGUGUGCUCUACCACUUCGCUAGCAGCGAUCUUCUCCUCGCCACCGGUGUCGUCGGAGGGAUCUUUCCGACGCGCCUUUCGCUUUCUCUUCCCUCUCGUUUCUCUUACACCCAAGAAAACACGCCCUUCAUCUCUAGCCGCGACCUCCGCCAAUGUCGAUCGGGGUCCGCGAGUUGUCUGUCCUGGGCGAGUUCAAGCCGUUCGGUCUUUCGGUCGAGGAUCUCGACGGCAAGACACUCGACGACGCUUCCUCGGAGCACCAGUACUUCCUCUUCCACCCGGAAGUUGCGCGUGAGGGGCACGGGACCGCCAGCAACCUCGACUUCUCCUCCCCUUGUACACCUUCCGAAGGAGAUCAUGAGAUUUUCAUACGCGGCAAUCAGAUAAUAUGGAGCAGUGGGCCCCGGGUUCAUAAAAGAUACACCUCCACCAAAGCAGUCAUUAUGGUCUGUUGGUGUCACAUGGAGGGUAUUUCAGAUGCACUCCUCUGUGUUUUACAGAGUGAUGUGUUAUCUAUUUAUGGCGUGUCUGUAGGUGAACAUCUGAAACUCUACAAGUGGAAGCUGAAGAAGCAAUAUAAUUCGGAACGAUCUGAGCAGCGCGAGGAGGUCGACCAUGUAGACCCCAACACUUAUCAAUCGUGUGGCUCGGGCGGUGGCAAUGAUCACACCAAGGACGACCUUUGCCAUCCUUCCGAGGCGGAGCCAUUGAUUAGUUUGGAAAGAACUGUGAAGAACGUCGAAGGAGAAGAUGAAGAGGCAGUCGCCCCUUCUAUGGUGAAAACUCUCUGCUUCUGCAGCCACGUCGGCAGAAAGUCCACAGUAGAGAAGAGCUUGCUGGAGAUGAAGUUGAAACGACCAACUGGAAUUGAGAAGAAGAUGCUCACUGCUCUGCCAGCCUCCUCCUCUGUUGAACACCUUGCGUUAGCAACCACGUCGGCAAAGAAAUCUUCGGAUGUAGAGACGGAGAGGAAGCAAGAACAACCAGAGAAGAGGGAAGAACAGCCGGAUUCCUCUGUUAGAAACCAUGUCCACGGGAAGCCUUCAGAGAGCAGAACCACUGCGGGAACACUGAGGAGUCAGAAGAACCCUAAGAUGAGGUCGUCACCUUCCCCAGAGCCGUCGGAGAUGUCGUCGUCGUCGGAGAACAGAGGAGCCCGAGGCGGGAUAGCCUCGUUGGCCAUCAGGGAUGGGAGUCAGCCUGCGGAUCGCGCGCUUGCUGGUCACGUCGAGGACGAUCGUGCGAUCGUUGGCGAAUACGAAGAGGAACAUGAUAUUACUACAGUCGGAAUGCUGCUAGGUAUGGCAGCAUCUUAUCGUGGAACAAUGCAUCUUGAAGUAUCAAAGAUGCUAUACCUCCAUGUUCCCUCUCGACACCAGUUGUCUUUUCCUGAGUUGGAACUGCCAACAAGUUUGCAGUCUGCUGCUUUGGUGGCCAUUGGCCUUCUCUACGAAGGUUCAGCACACCCAUUCACCAUGAAGAUUCUUUUGGGUGAGAUUGGUCGAAGAAGUGCUGGUGACAAUGUGCUUGAAAGAGAAGGAUAUGCUGUUGCUGCUGGAUAUGCUCUGGGACUUGUAGCUUUAGGUCGAGGAAAUGAUGCCCUUGGCUUUGUAGACCGAUUUGUGGAUCGAAUUUUCCAGUAUAUUGGCGAGAAAGGAGUUAAAAAUGAGAAAUUUUCAGUAGUUGCACAACCAGCAGAAGAUCAUGUCCGUAUUCUUGGGCAGAUAGUGGAUGGAGCCCAUGUAAAUGUUGAUGUGACAGCUCCUGGUGGUACAAUUGCACUCGCUCUGAUAUUUAUGAAGACAGAAUCAGAAGAAAUUGUGUCUAGACUCCGUCUGCCCAUUAGCCACUAUGAUCUGCAGUAUGUUAGGCCUGACUUCAUCAUGCUUCGUGUCAUUGCACGUAAUUUGAUUAUGUGGAGCAACAUGCAACCAUCUAUUAUUUGGAUUGAAUCUCAAAUUCCUGAUUUUAUCCGAUUAGCGGUCCUGAAAUUAGAUGGAGCUAGUAGUGAUGAUGAUGAGUUCGAUGCAGAAGCUGUUGUCCAGGCAUAUGUGAACAUUGUAUCCGGUGCUUGCAUUUCACUUGGAUUGAAGUAUGCUGGCACCAAAAGUGAAGAGGCUCGGGAGCUGCUUUAUAAUUAUGCUCUAUACUUUCUUAAUGAGUUUAAGCACAUUCCAGCAAUGGCUAAUGUCUUACCAAAGGGAUUGCUGCAUUAUGUGGAUCGCGGGACAUCAGAAAUAUGUUUGCAUCUGAUUAUUCUUUCUCUCUCUCUGGUUAUGGCAGGAUCAGGGCAUUUGCAAACAUUUCGAUUAUUGAGAUACUUGCGUGGUCGAGGUUCUACAGAAGGACAAAUAAAUUAUGGAACACAAAUGGCUGUUAGCUUAGCCAUUGGUUUUUUAUUCCUUGGUGGUGGCAUGCAAACCUUUUCAACUGGAAACAGUGCUGUUGCUGCACUGUUGAUUACUCUUUAUCCUCGUUUUCCUACAGGUCCGAAUGACAAUCGUUGCCACCUUCAGGCCCUACGGCAUUUGUAUGUAAUUGCUGCUGAAUCUCGUCGGCUGCAGACAGUGGAUGUUGAUACAGGUCUUCCGGUAUAUUGUCCAAUUGAAAUUACAAUCAAAGAGACAGAACAUUAUGCUGAGUCCAGCUAUUGCGAAGUUACUCCUUGCAUUCUUCCAGAACGUUGUGUGCUGAAGACUGUUCACAUUUGUGGGCCUAGAUAUUGGCCUCAAGUCAUACAAGUUAUACCUGAAGAAAAACCUUGGUGGAGAUUUGAGGAUAAGAGUGACCCUUUUAAUGGUGGUAUCUUAUAUGUUAAGAGAAAAGUUGGCUCCUGUUCCUACGAGGAUGACCCCAUUGGUUGUCAGUCUUUGCUUUCAAGAGCAAUGCAUAAGGUUUUUGAUAUGACGGAUUUGGACUAUGCAAACAUGAGAAACAGCAAUAACCCUGUACCUGAUUCAUACAAAAUGGAUCAAUUGGUUAGCACAUUUUCUGGUGAUCCAAGCUUGAUUGCUUUUGCUCAACUUUGCUGUGACUCCUGGAGGAGCAGGUCAGAUCCCAAUUUCCAGGAGUUUUGCUCACAAUUAAUAUUUGAAUGUGUGAGCAAAGACAGGCCAGCUCUUCUUCAGAUCUAUCUCUCAUUAUAUGCUUUGAUUGAGUCAAUGUGGGAGCAGGCUAACAACAGCCAUCUUAUUUUCGAAGAUUCACUUUUCCUUUCUAGUAUAAAGCUUACUUUAGCUUACAAUGAAUCUCUUGUCACUGGCAAACUGUCUUCUCCAAUUGGAUCUAUUGUUCAAUGUGCAUUCAUUCAGUCAGUUCGGAAGCACAUAGAUGAAAUUUUGACCUGUUCAAAAAGUCUUAGUGAGAACUUCUUCAAUUAUUUGGAGACAGGAAAGUGGCCUGAUUAUCAAAGUGAUAGGGGUAAAUCAGAUGCAAUGUUUCUUUCUUGGUACCUGCUCUGGCAUGGGAUACCAUCAUCUCAUCUUGUGAAGUCAGCUGUUAAAAAUAUCAAAUCGAAGGCUCCAAUGUCCUUAUCUAUGGUUCCUCUCUUGCAAUUAUUGUUUCCAUCAACUCAAACAAAAGGAAUUUUUGAAAUCAACAAGUUUCAUUACUCGUCAUAGCAGGAGAAUCAUACAAUUGAAGUAAAAAAACAUCAUCUUGUGCGAUCUCUUCAGAGACUGAAGCAGGUUGUCUUUAACUCCGAUCUAAUUUUGACCGAAAUGACAUGGAUUUGACAACUACCAGAGAAGAUGGCAUACCACUUAGCCGACCUUUCCAUGCAAAUCUUUUUGGAGUGGUUCUCUCUUCUUUGCUGGAAAUCUACGACGACCAAGUAACUACAUGACAGGUUAUUGUUAAGUUUCUGGGUCUUUUUCUGACACAUUCUGGCAAUCAAUAUCUCAUAUGGAGACGUUAUUUAACAACUGUUGGGGGUACCAAGUUCUUGUUGAGUUGCUAUUCUGCCUCGACAAUCUGCUUCGAAUUCAAGAAUGAACACCGGUGAGCCAGGAGUGAAUGAGGUGAGGUUGUCUUUCAUAUUUUUGGCUGACAAGCAGAUGAAUUGUAACACUUACAAGUAAUUGCCAAGGAAGAUGAAUUGUAUUUAAUUUUAAAUUAAUUGUAAAAGAUAUUAUAAAGGUUAUUUAGUUUAUACAGUCGUGAUAAGGCUCCAAAAGACAUUCUUCAAAUUUCAAAGAAUUUCAGUUAAUUGUA